CUGGACUGCUCUGCCGCGAAGAAUCCAGGUUUCUCAGCUGAUGACACUGAAGUUGUGAAAGAAGAUGAUGCGGCAGAGGUGCAGCUCGUAGCUACUUCACUGGGUGAAGACGACGAACAAAUGCAAAGGGGAAAAACACCCGAGAAAACCGAAGUGUCUGGGAUUCCUGGGGCAUCAGAGUGCUUCGCGUCUUUUCCACUUGACAGUUUCGAAAUUGAACUCGACUGGGACCGUGCGCAAAAUUCUUGUGGUUACUUGGCUGUAGCGGGGUCACUUAUUGGCUGUUACGUGGCUGUUGCACGAUAACCUCUGCAGCGGGGUCACUUAUUCUCCUACCACGACUGAC